CUGACAACCGCUGUAUCACUCGUUUGAUAGUUAUUCGUCUUUCUCAUAACGCAAACAUUUUAAAUUACUCAUAUAUCGAACCUGCAGGGAAUGUCAAAUCCCUUAACCGGAACAGCACUAGUUCUUUUGCUUUCCCUUUUGGUAAUUCAUGCAACAACUAAGCCUGAUUCUAUAGAUUCCUAUCAGGAGACUGAGUUUGAGGCACUACUUGAUUCUUCUGGACACAAAGUAAAAAAGAGAGCUCUACCAGUUCUUCUUGCCGGUGCUGUAGCAGUCGCCCCCUUAUUUAGCGCCAUCUUUUCAGGAGGAUCGUUUAUUUAUGGAGUAUCUAGUGGUAAAGAAAGAAUAGCAGAACUGAGGGUGAUCAACAAGAAACUGGUUAAGCUGCAACAGUCUGUGGAUGAGUUGAAUGAUCGGGUGAAGUCGUUAGAGGUUGGUCAACAGUGGAUAGAAGGAGCAAUCCUCUAUGGCAAUGAUGUGAAAAGACUUAGAUUCCUUCUACACAAAAUGCAAACGGAAGUUAUGUACUGUGAAUCGACUGAAAAUCUAGUCCUGAAAACAACAGCUGAUGCUAAAGAAUGGGCUGAUUCUGUGCUUGAUAGCGGACCAGAUGGUCUUGAACAGAUACUUUUCAACAUACACGAUCUCGUGAUGGGAACUGGACAACUUUUUGGAAGAAGAUCGUUGAUCGCCAUUUAUAUAGACACUUUAACAAUCCCUAGUGAGUUAAAUCCGGGAGAUUUUACCACAGAAAUAGAGGAUUUUGUUCUAUUCAUAAUGGCUUUGGAGACAGGAGGGUACGCAGCAAUCUCUACCGCAAUGAAUAUCGAAAAUAAAACUAAUGAUGCAGCUUCUAAUUUCAUUGAAAAUAAAGCAACACCACGGAUGAAAGCUCAAUGGGCUAAGAUAUUUGAAGUAGUUGGCACACCUUCAGCAUGGAGAGAAAUUUCACCUAUGACUCCACCUUUCCACAUUGCUGCUGAUGAUAUCGCAGAUACAGGAGCAAGGUUCGUUGAUCUCGAUGGUGAUGGUAGGAUGGAUUUGGUCUACCACCGUUAGAGGAUAGCAGAAAAUUUACCUCAAAAAGGAGCCUACAUUAACAAAGGGAAUAGUUGGGCACGGGCACCUCAUUAUAUUCCACCUUUCCACAUUGCUGCUGAUGAUAUUGGAGACACAGGGGCAAGGUUUGUUGAUCUUAACGGUGAUGGAAAGGUUGACUUGGCAUAUCACAGAUGGAGAAUGCAUGGAAAUUCACCACAAAAAGGAGCUUAUCUGAACAAUGGAAAUGGUUGGACGUGGGCACCACAGUAUAUUCCACCUUUCCACAUUGCUGCAGAUGAUAUUGGAGACACAGGGGCCAGGUUUAUUGAUCUUAACAGAGAUGGAAGGGUUGACUUGGCAUAUCACAGAUGGAGAAUGCAUGGAAAUUCACCACAAAAAGGAGCUUAUCUGAACAAUGGAAAUGGUUGGACGUGGGCACCACAGUAUAUUCCACCUUUCCACAUUGCUGCAGAUGAUAUUGGAGACACAGGAGCCAGGUUUGUUGAUCUCAACGGAGAUGGAAGGGUUGACUUGGCAUAUCACAGAUGGAGAAUGCACGGGAGUUCGCCACAAAAAGGAGCUUAUCUGAACAAUGGAAAUGGUUGGACAUGGGCUUCAAGGUAUGUUCCGCCUUUUCACAUUGCUGCUGAUGACAUCGGAGAUGCUGGAUCUAGGUUUGUUGACCUUAACGGUGAUGGAAGGGUUGACUUGGCCUACCACAGAUGGAGAAUGAACGGAAAUUCGCCACAAAAAGGAGCUUAUCUGAACAAUGGAAAUGGCUGGACAUGGGCACCACAGUAUAUUCCACCUUUCCACAUUGCUGCUGAUGAUAUUGGAGACACAGGGGCCAGGUUUGUUGAUCUCAACGGAGAUGGAAGGAUUGAUUUGGCCUAUAACCGAUGGAGAAUGAACGGAAAUCCACCACAAAAAGGUGCUUUCCUGAACAAUGGAAAGGAUUGGUCAUGGGCACCACAGUAUAUUCCACCCGUGUCCAUUGCUGCUGAUGACAUCGGAGAUGCUGGAUCUAGGUUUGUUGACCUCAACGGUGAUGGAAAGAUGGACUUGGUAUACUAUCGAUGGAUGAAAAGCCAAGAAGAACAAAAAGGAGCGUAUCUGGUACUUGGUUUUAUGGGAGACCAUACAAAGCCACACUUUGAUGCUGCUGAUUUUGAUAUGGACAAAUGCUAGUAUUAAGAUAUUGACAGUUGCGGCGACGUUGAUGACAUGUAUUUUCACAUGGUAUAUUGAACAGUUUAAAAAAAUCGCUAAUAAUAAGAAUUGAAUAAAUUAUAUCAAAGAAAAACAUUAAUCUUGUAAAGAGAAUGUUAAAUGAAUAUUUUAAUUUUGUUCAGAUCAGUUUAAGUAAAGUUUAGAAAAAUUAGAUUAUAACUUUUUUGUUUGUCAAAAGCUUUCAUCAUUUAAUUGGUCAUUAUGAAAAAUUCUGUCAAGCGCGCUGAGAUUUGGGUCGAUGAAAGCUGCAAUAUCUGAAAAUGUCCUACCGGUAGGACAUUUUCAUGAUUUUCUUUUCACCAAAGCUUUCUCCGGAUAUUAAGCUUCCAUGAUAGUACC